ACCAACAUUUCACACAACGCCAGGAAGACCCUGACCCUGACCCCGGGGGUCCCUGGCCCAGUAGCCCUCGAGGGCUGUCCCUGCCCACUGUCCCCUGGUGCAAGGUGGCCUCACCACUUUGGGCGGCCAGGUGGGCGUGAGAGGUUGACGCUCAAUCGACCCACAUCUGGAAAGCAGGGCCCUCACUUUUGUCCUGGGAGCGGGUGGUAACUCAGCCGCCCACUUCCGGUCCAGUGGCCCAGGGGCCCAGAAAGGAAGCCAGCUGAGCCGGCCUCCUCCUCCAGAAGGUCCCAGAGGGAUGCAGCUCGGCCCGGCUCCGCGUGGCAUCUGAUCUCUGUUCUUGCCUGGUCCUGUGGAAGUCGCUGUCCCCUGGUGAUGUCCAGCUGGCCUGGCUCAAGGUCCUCCUCUCCCAGCCCCGUGGCCUGGUACCCAACGGGUCUCCUCCAGCGGGUGCCCCUGGAGGGCAGGGCAGGCAGCCGGAAGCCUGCCUCAGGCCUGGCCAGUGCACAAGGGACUUAGUGGCCCUGGACUGGAACCCGAGUCCAAGCAUAGCCCUAGGGAUGGGGGCGUCCAGCGGUCCUCUUCCCAGACCCUGUCUGCGGCCCCCAGCUCUGCCACAGACGGGUGGUGGAAACAGUGUGACCGUCCCGGUCACCUCCUCUGCAUUAGCUGUCCGCGCCCUGCUGGCCCCCGACACCUGCAGGUCCCCCAAUUUCCUGCCCUCAGGCGGAAAGCUGGGCGGGGGAGGGGCUCCGGUGGGCGGCCCCGUACCGCGGGGACCCCCUGCCAGGCGGAAGGGACGCGCGGCAGGGUGUCGUGGGCAGAAGGAAGCGAGGAACAAGACAGCAAGGCCCUCGGCCACGGGCAAGGCAGCUCGGGGAACCGAAGGGAGAGCCCCACACCAGCCGCCCCCUAAACUCUCCACCGGAAGCUCGCGUGGUGGCCUGGCAUCCGCAUAAUCCAGGCACAAGCUAGGGGCGGGAUCCGCGAGGUUCGCGCCGCGACUGUAAACAAAGGGGCGGGCGCAUUUAAACACCUCGUCCGCGACGGUGAGUUACAGACCCUCAGCCAGGACGGCGCUGAGGGUCUCCGCGCGGCUUCAGAGCCCGCCGGAGCUUGCAGACCCGCAGAUGAGGCGCGCAGGGGCAUGGGCAGCCUGAAGGAGCACAGCCGCGAGGGCCAGCUGGACAGCCCCGACUCCGGGCUGCCCCCCAGCCCCAGCCCCAGCCCGCCCUUCGACGCCCAGGCGCCUGGCAUCCUCGACAGUGCACAGGUGGGGGGCGCCGGUGCCGCGCCGGAGCCCCCCGGACCGGCAGAGGACAGAGCGGCCCCUCUCCCCUGGCACAACGCCGCGGUAGCCGAGAUGAGGCCCCGGAUGCUGCCGGUGGUGUUCGGGGAGACCAUCGAGGUGGACCCGGAACCCACGCACGAGAUCCGCUGCAACUCCGAGGUCAAGUACGCGUCCGAGAGGCACUUCCGGGACAAGGUGUUCUAUGCGCCGGUGCCCACGGUCACGGGCUACAGCGAGACCAUCGUGGCAGCACCCAACUGCACGUGGCGCAGCUUCCGCAGCCAGCUGACCCUGGAGCCGCGGCCGCGCGCGCUGCUCUUCCGCAGCACGACCAUCAUCUUCCCCAAGCGCGCGCGCGGCUCCUUCCGCACCACCCUGCACUGCAGCCUGGGCCGGCCGCGGCGCUCCUUCACCGCCAGCGUGCAGCUGCGCCUGUGCGGGGCGCCCGCCGCGCUCUGACCCUGCCGGCCGCUGUCCUGGGCGCAGCUACCGUGUCCGGGGUGGGGGACCCAGCGAACGCCCCGCGGCACUGAGGCGGAGGGGGCGCACGGGCCGUGGCAGUGCCCGCAGGCGACCCGAGGUGCCCCUGCAGCCGGGGACAGCCCCGAGCGCCCCCAGCACAGCAGCGCCCCACUCCCGCGGGGGUCUGGCUCUGCGUCUGUGUGGGAGGGGAGGGGGACCCUCGGCCCGCCCCAGGGUGUGGAGGGCCGGCAGCUCAGCGUGGCCGGGAGGACCUUGAGCCUGGGCCUGGCAAAGGCCGCGGCAGUGGGAGGGGCUGGGGCACUGGCCUCUGGGUGUCCUGUGGCCCCCAGGGCAGAAGGUUUGGGGCCAUGCAGCUGAAGGGAGGUCGCGGGGCAGAGGGUCGAGCCUCACUCAGACGCGCCUGGCUGGCUCUUCUGGCCGCCUUUAGGACUGAGCCACUUCAGCCUCGAGGGCGCUCUGCCAGGGGCCGACGGGAGACACGGAAGCUGCUAGAAAUGCUGCCGACCCCUCGCUGAGGCCCAGUCUAUGCAGCACCCCCGCCCCGCUCAGCCAUGACCUCAAGAGAAAUUGCGGGGCCCACCGUCCUCCAGCCGCCAGCUCCCGCCGUGACGGAGUCGGCGCCCACCCCGUGACAGGCCGGGCAAGCUCCAGGGAGGAGCAGGGGCCGCACAGACUCAACUCCAGUGGGUGGCAUGGGUCAGGCUGCCCACAGCCUGGGGCUGCCCGAUGGGGCACUGAAUCCCUGCUGUGCCCACGGCGGCCUGCCUGCCUCCCUCCUCCCCAGCCCGAAGGCACCAGUAGCCCCAGGGCUGCCCCUCUCCCCUGGCAGCACCAGGAGGGGCAAGCUGGGCCUGGGCUUGGGCCCCCUCGGUGGGGCGGCAGGGUCCCUUGGGUGGUGACCUCCAGAUUUCUCUGUCUGCACAGAGAGUACAUCCAGCGGUGCCUUGUGACCAACAGGUACCUUCAGAAGCCAGUGACUGUCUUAAUAAAAUGUGCAACCCAGA